AUGAGCUCUGGCGUCUCCAAGAAGCGAGGCCGAAGACAAGCGGCGAACGGAGCGACGACAAACGGCAACAGCGAAAGGAGCGCCGGCUCCGGCGCCAACAGUAAUAAUCGCAGGAGUAGACAGCACCAACAGCAGCCUCCCAGCGGACGGCAAGACACACGACCUUCUGGCGAUGCACAAGCAGCCAAGGCCGCCGCGACAGACCGCCAGCCCGACACUGCCACGACCAGCGCGAUGCCGGGCCGGACGACGACGCGCAGCGGCAGCGGCCACCUCUCGAGCGACUCCUCCCUAGGUGACUCCUCCCUCGAAACAAUCACCUCGUGCCCUUCACCCUCGACCUCGAUUCUCGGCCUAACGACGAACUUCGACGGCGUCGAGUUCGACCCUUUCUCCCUCGCGGGUGUCGACUUUGAGAGCGGCGACAUGGCGGCCUUUGACCUGGCAGUGGGGAACAACAACAGCAACGGGGACGAGCUGCACGCCAUCUACAGCAAUGGCAGCGGUGGCGGGAUCUCGCCGCUAUCGCACCCGAAUAACAAUAUCUCUUCCUACAGCCCCAUCAUGCGCAACUUCAUGAUGGCGAACAGCAAGGCCGCGAAGGGUCCGCCGCCGCCUCCGCCACCCCCAGCCUUGCUCACAAUCCCGCACGGCAUGAACCACUCCGCCGGCCCAGACUUUAUGGACAUCGAGUCCCCACCGUCAUGCUCCUCUCAAGAACGUCACCACACCGCCGUUGUCCCGGCGGCACAGCAGCAGCAACAACAACAACAGUGUUCGCAGUCCACUGCCCCCGCCUCGUCCGCCGGGUCCUCGUCAGGCGACGGCGGCAGCAGCAGCUGUCAGUGCGUCGGCUCGCUGGCCCGCGCUCUCGAGAACAUCGGCGGGCUGGCGACUUGCCCGCACGGGCGCGAGAUCGACACGCUGCUGACGUGCCUCGGCAUCGGCAUGGAGACGUGCCGCAGCGUGCUCGCCUGCUCGCGGUGCACGACCUACCGCGACAGCUCGAUGCUCGUCGCGACCGUGACGCGGCAGCUCAGCAGCAUCCUCAGCGACGCGUGCCGGUACCUGAGCGAGCGCGGCGCCGACUCCAUCUCGUCGUCGUCCGCAUCGUCCGGCGGCAGUGGUGGCGAUAAGUUGCAGCAGCUGGCGGUGGUGGCCGAGCCGUCCGAGGGGCUGGUCAUCUCGGUGGGGAGGUACCGCAUCGAUAACACGAGGAUACGGCUCAAGAUCGUGCAGAACCUGGUGAUCCUGCACAUCAAGGAGCUGCGGGCGCUAGUGAACCAGAUUAAGGAGCGGGGCGGGCAGAAGAUGGUGGCAUCGACGAUGAUGCUCGAUGCGGAGGAGCAGGUGCAUAAGGCGUGGAUGAUGCAGUGUCUCAUGGGAGACUAA